AUGCAUAUCUCCACUGCUUUCCUGACGACCGCUGCAUUUGCCAAUCUGGCAUAUUGCAGCACCCUCGUCUUCACUACCCCCUACAACGAUGGCAAAUGCUAUAUUGAAGUGAAAGAUUUUGAAGGGUGCACCGGAAGAACAGAUGUCGCCGUUGGAAGGGUCCAUGCUAAUGGCCAAUGCAGCGCGCUCAAGAACGAAACCUUGACUGGAGUCCAUGUAGACAGUGCCGGCAUAUGUGGCCGUGGCGUUUUGGACUACAAUUGGGGCAUUGAUUCAAUGUUCUUGAUUUACUGGAAGAACAGGAACCAGUUGGAUAGAAAUGGGUACUUCAUCGAUGGAGUCUCAAAGUUUGCACCGAGCGCGACCAACACCAUCUCGGUUACCUCUCUCCCGCCUUCAGUCAGCUACUCUAGUGUGCCUACUCCUACGCCUACAGGCUACCUCAGCUUCGUCCGCCACGACGGCAUUAACAAAUGCUUUGCCUCGUUCGAGAACUACCAAGGCUGCACAGGGGUCGCCAUCAAACCCAUAGGAGAAUGGGAUGAGAAUGACAACUGCGUCAUGCCUAAAAACUGGACUGCUAGCCACUGGGGCAUGGCUAACGUUUGUUACACAAUGUGGCUGAAUUGGAAAUGGGACUCCAAAGACCGGGCUGAACUCGACUUCACGAAUAAGUGGGGAUACGGGGCCAUGCUCGAGGGAAUCUCGACUUGGAAGUCGGGCGUGCGGAACACUAUUACCAUGUCCAUGACUAGCACUCCCUCAUCUUAUAUAGCCACUACGUCUGCUACGCCAACACCAUAG